UUGACUGAGACUUGCCUUCUUUUUUUUCUUGUGUUUCAAACUGUGCUUUAGAAAGGGAGUACAGAGGGAGUUAUCUACCAAUUGUCAUCCAUUGAAAAAGGACUAACGGGACCCACCCUUUCUCUGCCCCCACCUCCUCCUUCAGCUCCACACACCUGCUUUGCUUUGGCUGAACACUUUUUUAGUGCAAUUACACAUCGGCCUUGAGAGCUGCACUACAAACCCCCUCCCCCUCCUGGAUUUGGGAAAAAGACACAGGUCUUCUCAAGCUCUGUGUCGUCUGUGAGAUCUCAAUCAUGAAAUCGACCAUCCUUCUCCUGCUGUUGGCCACAGUUGCCUGUGCAAAACCCUUUCGCCAAACAGGCUUCCUGGAUUUCAUGUUGGAAGAUGAGGGGUCUGGAAAAGAAGAUACUGAAGUCAAGGUAUUUGGGCCAAGGCCACCAAUUGAGAGACCAGAUGUACCUGAAGGGCCGGUCUGUCCCUUUGGAUGUCAGUGCCAUCUCCGGGUGAUCCAGUGCUCAGAUUUAGGUCUGAAGAAUGUGCCGGCUGAUAUCCCCUCGGAUGCAUCUCUUCUGGACUUGCAGAACAACAAAAUCACUGAAAUCAGAGAGUUUGACUUCAAGAACCUACAUAUUUUACAUGCUCUGAUCCUCGUCAACAACAAAAUCACGACCAUACACCCCAAAGCCUUCACCCCCAUGGGGAAACUGCAGCGACUUUACCUGUCUAAGAACUUCCUGAAGGAGAUGCCAGUCAACAUGCCCAAGAACCUGCAGGAGCUGCGCAUUCAUGAGAACGAGAUUACCAAAAUCAAGAAAUCCUCAUUCGAAGGGAUGACCCAAGUCAUUGUGAUGGAGCUGGGAACAAACCCACUGAAGAGUGUAGGAAUUGAAAAUGGAGCCUUCCAAGAUCUGAAGAAGCUGUCCUACAUCCGGAUUUCAGACACCAACAUCACAGCCAUUCCUAAAGGUCUUCCCAGCUCAUUGUCUGAGCUCCAUCUUGAUGGCAACAAAAUCACCAAAGUAGAAGCUGCCAGUCUCAAGGGUCUCAACAAUCUCAACAAGCUUGGUCUGAGCUUCAACCAAAUCAACUCAGUGGAAAAUGCAACCCUUGUUCAUGUCCCCCACCUGAGAGAGCUGCACCUGGAUAACAAUGCUCUCGUCAGUGUGCCUCCUGGCCUGCCCGAGCACAAAUACAUCCAGGUCAUCUACCUCCACAACAACAAAAUUGCUGCAGUCGGGACGGAAGACUUCUGCCCUCCAAGCUACAACACAAAGAAGGCCAUGUACUCUGGUAUCAGCCUUUUCAGCAACCCUGUUCCAUACUGGGAGGUCCAGCCUAUCACCUUCCGCUGUGUCUUCGAUCGCUCCGCCAUUCAGCUCGGAAACUACAGGAAAAAAUAAACCCUAAAUGCAAUCUCCAUCUCACCCCAAACCUCAAAACCCAAACCCCAAGAAUUACCAUUUGUAUUAUACGCAAUUUCAAUUUUACAAAUUGCUGGAAUCCGGCAUAUUUUAAUACAAAUUGAUUGGUUUUUAAAAUAAGAAAAAUAAGUCAGUUCGCAAAAGGCUCUAAUCAUUCAAAAAGCUGCAUACUUAUACUAGUAUGUUAUUACGUGUGUAGUGCAAGUAUACAAAAAGUGUACCAUUGAGAUUCUAAGUACAACAUGUAAUGUACUAUUUUUUUUUCUUUUUCUAUGGCAUGUCAGGAGAAGUAGAGUUUUAUUUUGUCACAUUUCUGUAUUUCUUUUCCAGGCUUGCUUUUGUGUUGUUGUAUUUUUUUUUUUUUUAACUUUUAGCACCUUUCCAAAUUGCCCCUGUAAUUUCCAUUUUUAAGACCAAACCCAGGGUAAACGCUACUGUUAAAGCUUUAGAAUAAACAGUAUACAUAUAUACAUAGAAAUGUUGUCACAGAAACUAUUAGCAUGCUUUUUUUCUGCAAGUUGGUUUAUGGAUUACAGCUCUUUAUAUAAUUAAGGUGGAUCAGAGACAGCAGGCUGAUAACACAGAGAGCACUUGCAUCUCUGAGAAAAACGGAACUCCCACCCAGGUGGAGCAGUCCAGGUAUAAAUAAAAUGAGUUAAUAAUAUAACUGUCACUACAUGCGCACUGAAUUGGUCUUACUUAAUAUGUGUCCUUAACUACUGCUUAUCUAAAAUAGUGUUUUACUAUGAUGAUGGUCACCACAAUGCCUCUGAAUAGUAUCUGAAAGUCCUCCUAAAUGUUGCUUCCAAUACUUUUUGUACAAAUAUAAAAAAAAAUUCUUGCUAUGACUCAUGCAAGCCCUGCUCACCACAUUAUCCAACUGUGUACAUAUACUGUAUAUUUACAGACGACUAACAGUGAAUUGUUUAAUCAGAGUAGAGUUCAUACCUUACCUGUUUCUCAGGACUGAAACAAGCUUUUGGUUGGUUUAGUUGCUGGAAACUGCUCAUAUAUACGUCUUACAUAUAUUCAAUUAUUUUUAAAAAAAUGGACCUUGAUUUAACAAACUCUUCCACUUAAACAUCCCACAAAAGAUAUAAGCCAGUUUACUGUCAUUAUAAUUGUGCAAAAAAACACAUUCGAGUAAAUAGAUUUGAGUUACCAAGACCAUGUUUUACAAAACCAAUGUGAUAUCCCAUAAAUGCAAGUUUUCUGUCAAAAAAUAUUUAACACCUAUGGUUUAUCACUAUUGUAAAAACAUAAUGUCACUACUAAAUGUUGUUAGGAAUUGGUGUGGGGUAAAGCAGGGGGUAAGGCAUGGGUCAAGUCAUAUAUUUAAUCAUUUUUCAGAAGACCCUUGGAUAUGUUCCUUAAGCAGAAGGUCCUCAAAAACUUAAAAUCAGUUUCAGGUAUAUUAAGUGGUUUCCCUGAAAGUGGUGCACUAUAAAUCCAUGCAAUUCUUAGUGUAACACUUUUUGGUAACUUGCAGAACCCAAGAUGUUCAGUCUAAAUCUAGAAAUUCUGCACUGGUUGCUUGAAUUGUUUCACUUCAGCUAAGCUUAUAAAAACAAUACUUUGCCAUUAAGACAUGUACAACAGCUUUUUGAGAUUUUUGUAGCCAAAUGCGCUGGGCGCAAUUUACCACCUGGUGAAUGCCACAAAAAAGGGUUCAAAGCCUGGAGACUGAUAAUCAGAACAUUGGUUAAUUUAGAUUUGUCCCACCACCUAAUGAGAAGCCAUUAGUUCUUCUGCUUCAGGACAGCAUUUUAAAUCCUAUCAUAGAAAGCACAAUUUUGUAUCAGAAAUAUGUUAAAUGGAUAUGUAUUCUGUGUUGGUUGUGGCCAUUUACCCUCUCUAAGAUUAAAAUGCAAUUGCUAACA